AUGGCCCAUCCCAACGUGGCCGCCGUUGCCUUGAGCACGCUGUCUGCGCGAGAAACCGAGCUGCUGAUCCUGGCGAUGCAGUGCUUCGUCGGAGGCGAGCCCAAGAUCGACCACCCCAAGUUUGCCGCUGCAGCCGGUCUGGCCAGCCCCAAAGGCGGCAUGGACUCAUGGUACCGCAUCCGCAAGAAGCUCGGCCUCAUCACCACCCCGGCAGCCAAAACUCCCCUCAAGAAGGAGGAAGUCGGUACCAGUACAGGCACUGACGCUGCAUCCGGAGCCGAUGCUGCGGUUGCCACCCCCAAGCGCGCUCGAACCAAGCGCAAGGCCGUCAAGAAGGAAGAAACACAGGACCAGGACGAUGGCGAUGCCAUCAAGACCGAAAAUGACAACUCUUCGGAGCCGGCAGAGCCCCCCAAGAAAAAGAGGACGGCCACCCGUCGUCAUGCUGACACUGCUGUUCCUGUCUUCCAUGAAGACAAUGUGAAUGGGCCUUUCUAA